AUGGAGAAAGCUUGUGGGCAUACUAUAGUUCGACACUUGUUCUUCGGUGAGACGAUCAAGCAAGCCAUUGACGCUCCUAUGCUACAUAAUCAGUACAUUCCCAUCACCAAUAUGAUUGACGAGUUCUUUCCGAAGGAUCUGCAAAAUAUCCUAGAACAGAAACACGGACAGAACUUUACCGGCAACACCGUAUUCAAAGGAGUGACUCAUGGUGUCACAGUUGAUCGACGUGAAGUCAGAGCAUGUGGCGAUUUCAGACGCACUACGCCACAGGCUCCCGCGGGCUAUUAA